AAAUGAUGCGGAUUUUCAUAAACUCACGUGUUGUAAUUUGAAUUUAAAAAUUUUUUAAACAGAAACAUACAAGAUUUACAAUCUUGUUUUACUUUAAGUUAAUCUAUAUUCUUGCGUGCCAGAUCACCUUAAGAAAGAUGGAUUAGUGACAUGCAAUUGUAAGAAAAUGCUAAUUUUACAUACUAGGACUCGAUAUUGUCCCAGUUUACAAGUAUACCACUAUGGUAUUUUUUAUUAUUUGCUCUACAUCAAGAGGGAGCCUCGAAGUUUCAAUAAGUAUUUGUAAUUAUUUAUCGAUUAAUUGACAGCGUUCAUUGAAUAUACAUUCCAAAAAUAAUCUGAUGAUCUAUUUAGUGAAAACAAUCGUUAAUGUGCCUGGUAUAGAAUAAAACAAUAAAAAAGGCAUUGAUACUCAGUACUUGAGUAACUAGAGUCUAUAGUACAGCUCUGUGAUUAAUAAUUAAUAGGCUUAGUAAAGCUUGUACUGUAAAAUGAGUAUUUUCAAUGUUAAGUUUUGAGGACGGUGACACCGAUGACGUUCUCCGUGACCCUAUUGACAGAAUGCAGUGUAAAACAAAUUCAAUUAGAAAUGACAUUAAGAUCCACUGGUUCCAGUGUACAAACAUGAAGAGUAAUUAUUUAUAUUUUGUAUAAUAAGAGCCAAAAAAAUUUUUGGUGAAACAAAAACAAUAUUUUGAUAUUUAAAUUUUGAACGAAAAACGAAAAAAAACGUUUUUAUAAAUAUGAAUCGAUACAUAACGCUCAAUCAAUUGGGUGAUGGUACUUUUGGAUCUGUCGUACUCGGGCAACGAGUGGAUACUGGGGAAAAAGUUGCUAUCAAAAGAAUGAAGAGAAAAUAUUAUUCAUGGGAAGAAGCUAUGAACCUUCGAGAAGUUAAGUCUUUGAAAAAAUUAAAUCACGCUAAUGUCGUAAAACUGAAAGAAGUAAUAAGAGAAAAUGAUAUUCUUUAUUUUGUGUUCGAAUAUAUGAAAGAAAAUUUAUAUCAACUUAUGAAAGAUAGAGAUAAAUUAUUUCCGGAACCGAUUAUCAGAAACAUGAUAUAUCAAGUACUUCAAGGACUGGCAUUCAUGCAUAAGCACGGAUUUUUCCAUCGUGACAUGAAACCAGAGAAUCUUCUGUGCAUGGGUCCAGAAUUAAUAAAAAUAGCCGAUUUCGGGUUAGCCCGUGAAAUUCGAUCUCGGCCGCCUUAUACAGAUUACGUAUCAACAAGAUGGUAUCGGGCCCCUGAAGUAUUGCUCCACUCCACAACUUACAAUAGUCCAAUAGACAUUUGGGCAGUGGGGUGCAUUAUGGCUGAAUUAUAUACCUUUCGACCUUUAUUUCCUGGCAAAAGUGAAAUUGAUGAGAUUUUCAAAAUUUGCGCUGUGAUUGGAACACCAGAUAAAGAUGAUUGGCCUGAAGGUUAUCAGCUUGCAGCCGCAAUGAAUUUUAAGUUCCCUGUAAUAUCAAAAACGCCACUCAAAGAUAUCAUUCCUAACGCUAGUCAAGAAGCAAUUAUUCUUAUGGAAGAUAUGUUAGAAUGGAAUCCGAUAAAAAGACCCACAGCUCAACAAGCGUUACGAUACCCUUAUUUCCAAGUGAAUAAUGCGACUCGAGUAAUGAGUAGCAGGAAAAUAGGAAUUAAUUCUCAUCAAGAGCUCGCUAUGAACAAAAUUAAUUUCCCUCCAACGGGACAAGUUUUCAAACAUAAUCAGGAUCUGAAUAAAAAUAUCGUAGAAAGUCAACCGCCAGAAAAAAUAGUUGUUACACAAUCGCAACAACAGCAAUUUACUUUGCCUCUAUUAAGUAGUCGGAAACAUGAUAAUGUGCCAAGUUGGGAAGAUGAAAAUUUUACUAGAGGAUUAGGAAAUAAAAUAACCUCAGGGAAUACUGAUACAAAGCUUGCGACAGAUGGAAUUUGUAAACAAAAUGUUAUAAAUUGGCAUGAAAAUUAUGAAACAGAGAAUCAAAAAAUGAACGGUAACUGGAUAACACCAGCAUGGAAUGAACAAUUGCCUUCAAGAAAUUGGAACCAAUCACAGUCAAAUCUUCGAAAUAGUCGAAAAGUUUCAGCAAAACAGCACUAUCUCAGUGUUGCCCGAUAUGUUGUUGGCCAGAGCACAAAUCUGUCAUCCAGAAGUGGCGAAGUCGACGUCGGUCGACCAAGAUUGUUGUUGAAUGGUAUGGUAGCCCAACCGGUAUCAGAAAAACUUGAUGAUUCAAUGGAUACUUUUUGGGGAACGCGUGACAAUUUAGAGUCACAAGCAAGACAACAUUAUCUCUUAAGAAAUCGUUAUAUAUCUGAACAAAAUGGCAGAAUGCCAUAUCCUAGCGUUUAUGGGACUCACACCAUUAAAGCACCGGCAAAAGCUAUACUCCAGCCAAGUUUAUUUGGAAACGUAUUAACGUCCCGUCCAAGUGGUGGCCUCCAUGGAAGAACGGACUGGGCCGCAAAAUACCUCAAGUAAAAUGAACUAUGUGAGCAAGAAAACUUAACUGUGAUAUUUAUAUCUAAAUACUGAUUGAAAGUUGUCAAUUUAACCCUAAAUUGGUCAGCAUUAACGAAUUUGGUCACGUUGAAGUAUGUGCAGUAUUAUCGUCUAAGUCAAGACAUAAGCGCGUUCGAGCUAAAUGGCAAGAAGGUAUUUUACGGUAAAAAAUAUUGUAUAUAUCUGUGUUAAAAACGGCCCGUGUUGAUUAUUUUGUGUAUAAUCAAGACAAUUCACUGUGUUCCCUAGCGGAUCCGAAUUACGGUAAAUACGGUGAUUUACCGUAAUUUACGGUGCCUAGCAGAA